UCAAGUAUGUGUCAAAUGGUCUCGGGUACGUUUGCUGGGAUACUCAUAGGACUUGCCCAGCUCAACUGCUCCGAGCUGAAGCUGAAGAGACUGUGCUGCAGACAUGGUCUGCUCGGGGUGGACAAGGUGAUCAACUACGCCCUGAACGAGUGGCUGAACGACAUCAGGAAGAACCAGCUGCCGGGAAUCCUGGGAGGCGUGGGCCCCAUGCAUUCAGUGGUGCAGCUGUUUCACGGCCUCAGGGAUCUCUUCUGGCUGCCAAUUGAACAGUAUCGGAAAGACGGGCGUAUUAUCCGGGGCCUGCAGCGAGGGGCUGCAUCCUUUGGGACCUCCACCGCCUCUGCAGCUUUGGAGCUGAGCAACCGGCUGGUGCAGGCCAUCCAGGUAAGCCUGUGUGCCGCGCCACCACCCCCCCCCCCCCGAUCGAAUAGCUGUCCCACCCGAUUCAGCCUGGCUGCGGGAAUUGGCGCUUUUUGCAACCUCAGCUGGGCCGGGCUGCCGGCCUGGGAAGGUUCAGCACGCGCUAUCUCCCUGAGGUAA